UGAUGACGUAAAGGCGUAAAGCUGCGUACGGCAGCUGACGUCGUGGAUGUUGUCAUGUCGCUGUUAGCUGCGGAGUCGUCGGAGUAAAGCAGCCUCUGUUUGACCGGCGGAUGAUAAGAAUGUGUUUUUAAAAAACGAAUUAUUACAAUUUACCGAGUGGAGACAACAAACCGCCUCCACCACAUGUUCAUCAGCAUCUAACGGCACAACAGAAGAAGCUAGCUCACUGGCUAGCUUACGAGCUAACAGCUUAGCCGGCUCCCCAGCUGAUGUUGGUAAUGUAGCUAUAGCAUCUUAACGGAGCCCUCUUAUGAAUUACUGAUAGUACACAUUGUAGAGCUUAAGUGUAAACGAAUGAGUAUCCCACGAUGUAAGUGAAGAUUAUUUAUGAGUAAGUGGGCAAUUUUUGUGAAUUCGGCAGGAAAAUGUUCGACCAAUUGCAAUAUACUAAGAUAAAAGCUUAACUUUUAUAAACUGUUCUCACGCUUAACUCGUGUUAUGAAAAGACCCGAGACGCUAAAUGUUCAUACUAUUAAACGGUGUAGGGCAACAUUCUAUUCUCUUUCAACGGCAGCUAUUUGCCAUUAUCCCAGUAAGUUAGUUUUAUACAUAUGCAGCUACAGUGACUGUUACUACGUUGUCAGGUUCAAUUCCUGAGCUCCAGGAGCCCUUGAGCCAGGCUCACUUCUCUGAAACUGACGCCAUUAAGAACAUCCUUUUCAAAAGGACUAACGAUUAAUGGAUUAAGGAGGUCUUCUUCUGCUUAUUUGAUCCAUAAUGAUGUCAUAUUUUAAGUCACAUCUUUGUGAAUGGGGAUCCCACACAGCGGCCUGAUGGGCGCCAUGACGUCGCUCCGUGUGUUUUCUGAGUCUGGUGCCUUGGUUUCUCCUCAGUAUGGCGUCUUCCUUUAAGAUCCCCAAGAAGAAACACCCAACGGCUUCUGAAUCCGCCCCCCUAUACAUGUCACCGCUGUCCCGCCUGCAGAGCCCCCCCCCUGAAUUUAUGAGCUAUGGGAACCAGUGCAGCAGAGGCAGAGCUGACAGGAUGCAUGCUGGGAGCUCAGCGAGCUCCUCAGUGAACGGAGAGAGCGCUCCUCUCUUCAGGCAAGUGGUCAAAACGCUGCUUGGACUAACAGCCAAUCAAAGAGAAGCCUCAGCAGCCAAUAGCAAAGGAGGACAGAGCGCAAAGUCGUCUGCUGCUUCUCCCUCAAACGGGUGGCGCCCUAAAAGGGCUUCAGAUCGCCUGCUGCCUCCUGAUUUGACCUCACAGCCUCCGUCUCCACCACAGAAGAAGAAAAGCCACUUCAGCGGCUCAGCGGUUCAGAACAUCUAUGUGGACUCGCUGGACUCUCUGGCUGAGCUCAGGGGUGAGAUGCAUGCUGGGAGUUCUUCAGCGACGCGAGACAGAACAACAGAUGGACUGGACUCAGCUGAGAGAAAGAAGAAGAACUCAUCCUCCUCCGGUUCGGACCAGACGUCAGAAGACGACUUUGUGUCCUCCACGAUGACGCAGAGAAGGCGGAGCCUGGGUCGGGGGGCGUGGUUUGGCAGCAGCCAGAUGGAGGACGUGAGGGAGAGAGAGAGGAGGAGGUGGAAGGAGUUCAGAGAGAGGAAGACAAGCAGCCUUCAUCUUCACCUGAAGAAACCCAGGAACACUCCAACGGAACCCAUUGUUCUGUCUAGUGAGGAAGAGGAGGAGGAAGAGGAGGAGGAAUUAUACGAAGGAAACCGUUUGGAGAAGACAGGAGGGGGAGGUGAGAACAGCCUUCCUCCUCCUCCUCUUCCUCCUCCUUCCUUCCUGCAGCUGGACUUUGUCUCUCUUCACGUCGGUCAAACGCACGCCGACGCCAACGGGAAGAUAACGAUUACUGAGAACGGGAUCAUUCUCCCUCUGAAAGGCGUGGAGGACGGCGAGGUCGCUGUGGUGGCAUCUCAGCUCCGGGGUCACGGCGUCUGGGACGGGGGCGUGGCACAAGGAGGCUUGCUAUUGGGUGGUUGGAAAGGUCCCGCCCCCUCGCUUCUCUUUCUGUGGGUGACGGACGCUCAGGCCAACCUUCUGCAGAGAGAGCUGUCCUCCAUCCAGACCUCCACGUCAGAAUCAACCUGCCCCUUCCUCCUGCUGGUGUUGAAGGAGCAGCUGCAGGAGCUCCAAACCGCCCUCCUGGCCUCCAUCCUGGACAUGGAUGAGUACAAGAAGGCCUCCUCCUCCGGAGGGCCGACCUCCCCUCUGGAGUGGACCGACGGGCUGCUGCUCCUCCACAGCUGUCCUCCUCCUCUGGACCAGCACCUCCUCGGACUGCUGGGACACUCAGCUGUAAGACUCCUAUCCUCUCGCAACUUCUUUUCAAACCCUGAAACAAGUCAACAAAUUCUUCUCCAUCAGAUGAGAAACAACCAGAAGAAUAAGAAGACAAACCUGGGCUCUUCUGGUCUGCAGCAGCUUCCAACCAGGCUGAUCCAGUAUCCGGCGGCGCCCUCUAAAGGCCGCAUCACGGUGACCAAGGAGGACCUGGCCUGUCUGAGCGCGGGGGAGUUCCUCAAUGACGUCAUCAUUGACUUCUACCUCAAGUUCCUCCUGCUGGAGGGCGUUGGCGGCGCGGUGGCCGAGCGUAGUCACGUCUUCAGCAGCUUCUUCUACAAACAACUGAGCAGGCGUCGAGUCGCCGGAGAGGACAACGCCCCCUCCGUCCCCGAUCUUCACAUGAGGCACCAAAGGGUGAAGACCUGGACCCGACACGUCGACAUUUUCACCAAAGACUUCCUAUUUGUGCCUGUCAAUCAAGAAGCCCACUGGUACCUGGCGGUGGUCUGCUUCCCGGGUCUGGAGGACGUUCAGUACCAAGCGUUCCGGAGUGCAACAGGUGGAUCGAAGCUCACGGCAGGUAAAGCAUCGUCUUUGAGUCUGAGACCACAGCAGCCUCCGGAGUGCACUGAGCAGAGCUGGCAGAGGGACACGGUACUGAGGAGGCCCUGCAUCCUGGUCAUGGAUUCCCUGAAGCUCUCCUGCCAUGAGAACGUCUGCCGCCUCCUCAGAGACUACCUCCAGGUAGAGUGGGAGGUCCGGAGGGGGACGCCCCCCCGCCUCUUCACCUCGGACAGCAUGAGGAGCUCCAGCUGCAGAGUCCCUCAACAGGACAACAGCAGCGACUGUGGAGUCUAUCUGCUGCAGUACGCCGAGAGCUUCCUGCAGAACCCUGUGGUGCACUUUGACCUCCCACUGCGGUUGGAGCGCUGGUUUCCACGGCAACAGGUGCGGCAGAAGCGCGAGGAGAUCCGAACCCUUAUCAUGACGAUGCACCGGGGUCAGAUGGGAGAGAAGUGAAACCAAAAAAACACAUCAAGCCGUUAAUUCUGUGCAAUAAAUAAUUUAUAUUUUCUACUUUAUUCAAAUAUUUUUACUUUGAAGGAUUUUAAAUUUUUCUUUUAAAAUAUUUCUUAGGCUAGUUUUUGUGUUGUGUGCAAUUAAAUAGCUUUACACUGAAAAUAAACUGAUGAUUCUGAUUAUGUGACAGCA